AUGUUAGGUAUGUAAACUUCAGUGCAACCUCAGUGAGUUUGAUAGGCCUUGAGUUUGAUGCGAAUUGGGUUUUCAGUAUUGCAGAGGGUUUUAUUAUUGGCUAUCUGCUGAUCUUGUCUACCAUUUGACCAGUCUGCUUGAAGCUGAUAUGUAGCUCACACUUGUUUGGGGCAUUUUAAAUAAUGUUUUUUAAGUGUGGUGUUAUUUCGGCUGUUCUUUUACUGAUCAUGGUUAAGUGUGCCGUCUUGAAUUGCCGAUCAGGCUGACCAAGCAAGAGACCGAACUGCUUAAGUGCGGGGUGCAGUCAGAAGGAAAGAAACGUAUAUUUAAGUUUCCCAAGAGGUCAGAUAGACGUGCGAAAUGGGUCGCCGCUCUACGUCGCCAAGGUGGAUGGAAUCCCGACAAUUUUGGUGUGUGCGAGCUCCACUUCGAAGCGCAUGACUUCGACGUUAGCCCUGCGUCGCGAACCAAAACGCAACGCCAGCGCCUGAGACUGAAGUCUGAUGCUAUCCCAGCUAUAUCUGGUGACUACCUGCCGGCUGUAACGCCACGGAAAGAGCGACCUACGAGGCUGGCGACGCCGUCCGCUCGCCGUUUCAGACGGGAGCAUAAUGCAAGGCUCCAGGUCGAAGAGUUCUUCAAGAUGGAUAAGAUCAACGAUCUGGAUGACCUUCACAGGAAACUGCUGAAUGAGAACCUACCUUUAGGUUUCAGGGCUGUCGUCAUGCACCAACCGGAAGGGGACAAGUUGAUCAGUAUUCGGACGGAGGAGAUCGACGCGAUGACUGGGCUUCCAUUGAUCACCAGCAACAUCACUGUCUACAGUGACCUUCGCUACAAGAUGCACAGCAAUGGGGUGCAGCUGUCAAUUAAGGAGACUUCGGACAUAACUAAAUCGGACACGUUCGUGUCAUUCGGAGAGGUUCUAAACGUUUUGGCGAGAGUGAAGAGCCUGACUGUGGGAAGCAAAGCCCGUCUGGAGGUGGCUGCCAAGAUCCUGGACCCCUUGACCGACUCCAUCACCGACGAAGAGAUCCGCCUGGUGGCCACCUUCGUAACUGAACAACUGCGACUAGCGUGCAAGCUUCCCCGCAGUAGGAGCUAUUCGCCAUUCCUGCUUGGAGCCGCGGUCGUCUGGGACAGGAUCAGCCCCAAGCUGUACGAGACGCUGUACAUGUCGAACAUAUUUUGUCUGCCACAUUCAAGGACACUAAGGCGACUCACCUCAGCGCUGCAGGUCAACGCCGGUCUCGACAGCAGUACCAUGGCCUAUCUAGGCCUACGCAUUGAGAAGUUGGAGCCGCGCGAGUGUCUUGUCAACCUCGCGAUGGAUGAGGUGUACACGGCCCAGUGCAUGGAGCUGGCGGGCGGUCGAAUGUACGGCCAGACUGCAGGCAAGAUCACGAAGACGCUGUUUUGCACGCAUAUAAACUCUGUGGCAGGUAAAUAUGAGGAUAUGGUUAGCAUGCUCCCAGUGCCUCAUGUGACAGCGGCGGACAUAGAUCAGACCUUCCAUAAGGUAUUGAAAGGCCUCACGGAGCUUGGCUUCAAGGUUGUGUCUGUAACAACGGACAACCAUCGAACAAACCAAAGCUGGCACAACUCACUCGGUGACGACCGCCGUCACCCCGAGUACAUACUGAACCCGUAUUCGGAGACGGAGCAACGUGUCUACACCUUGUAUGACACGGUUCACAUAUUCAAGAACCUGUACUUCGGCGUGAUGAAGAACCGGACUCUCACACUCCCAGCCUUUACAGAGUCAGAUGAGCUGCAUCAGUUGAAAGUGAACUUCUCGCACCUGACCAGGCUGUAUGUACAACAUGGAGCGGGGCAACCCAGGCAAGAUGGCCUAUAAGCUGACGGAUAAGGUGUUGAGGCCGUCAGUCCUGGAGCGGGUCAAUGUUGGCCUUGCCGCGGCAGCGACAGACGAAACGACCACAGCGGCCCUGCGGCACUUCGAAGAGCACGUGCCUGACUGCCAAGGUUUCGCAGACACGGCCGAGUUCCUGGAGCUGAUUCGCCGCUGGUUCAACACCUGCAAUGUGAAGUCGGAGCACAUGGCCCGUCGUCUAAAUGACAAGAGUCGUGUGGCACUGCGCUCUGGUUGUGAAGACAGCGAUAAGUCUCUAGACUUUCUCAGUAAGUUUGGAAACUAUAUGCGCAGCUUCCAUGACAUCGUUGGAUCAAAACAAAUGAGCAAAGACACUUGCAUGGCGGUCUUCUACUGUUCUCGAGGAUUAGCGGGUCUGGCCAAGUACCUUUUAGAAACUUACAGUGAUCUGCUGAACUACGUGCUGCUGGGCAAGAUCCAGUCUGACCACAUCGAACGGCACUUCGGCCACCUGCGAAAAAUAUCUGGCGGAAAUUACUGGUCUAGUGUCCGUCAGUUCAUGGAAAAUGAAGCGGUGAUAAGAAUCAAAAGCUUAAUCUGGUGGUCUGGCUUCCCACCCGCCGAGAUCGCCAAGAAGAUGGCUCCUUCCCAACAGGAACACCAGUUUGAAGACAUGAAGGUGGUGGACGAUCUGGUGGAGGCUGCGAGACAGGCGGAGCACGAAGAGCUGGACGACUCGACCAAGGCGGCUCUGGGGCAUAUCGCUGGAUAUUUAGCACAUUCAGCAACAAAGUCCAGCAAAUGCACCGCGUGUGCCGAUCUAAUGGUCGACAGAGAAGUCACUCUUGUGAACGUGACCUUUGAGACCGACAAGACGAAUGGUGCAGAAGGCAUAUAUCGGUCGUUCACGCAGCUGCUGGACCGUGGGAAGCUUCUGGCACCCUCCCGUCUUGCCAUCACCAGCACUCUAGACAUCUGUCAGAUCUGGAGAUGUUUGGUGAAAAGUGAGAGCACUCGGCGCCAGCUGCUCACAACCCAUCUACCAAGGAAGGUAUUCGUUGAUGUAGUUACCAAGCUUGAGAGCAACGAUGUCGAGCUAGAUGCAACCAACUGCAACCAAGGACACAGCACGAUCGGCUUGAAGAAGCGAAUGGCAGGCGCCUUGUUCAACCUGUUCGCUGGGAACAUGGUGCGCGAUGUAAACAGUGAUAUCCACGCUAAGCGCAAGUCGGGUGAAGCAACGGUGCACUGCACAAGAACACAAUGCGAUGAUAAGCGUCGCAAGCUGACCGGUGUUAAAAGGAGCUAAGAACAACACCCAUACAAGCGCUGCCUCCAAGCUGACCGGUGUCAAAAGGGCUAAGGAGACCACCCGUACAAGUGCAAAAGUGUUUUUUUUUUGUCUGAGUGGCACCGGCCCGGAUAGAUAGGACUUCUUUGUAACUUCGACCAGUAUAUAUGGAAAUGUUAGUGACUAGUUUUCACAUAAACUAUCACCUCUCCCUUACUUACGAACCAGUUCAUCAGUUUUUGUGUGGACUUGUGUCAAGCUUGGUAAAUACAUCACCGAACGAUGGCA